AUGAAGCGCUGGACCUCUUUAUUAACAUUAGUUAUUUUCAUAAUAAUAUCCAUAAAUAUAUGUGUUAUACAAUCAACUCAAUGCUUUCGGUAUCAAAAUCCACGCAAGCGAAACAUUGUUGUUGGAACAAAUUGUGAUGAUCCAAAAAUUGUUGAUCGAAAUCUUGUAAAGAGAUUGUUCAGAAAACCUCAAAUAGAAAGUUCUAAAACAAGACAUGAUACACAAUUGCCAAGGCCAACAGGACAGACAAACCCUGUCAGUCAUUCAACAAAAUACAAAAAUCACACAGAUGAUGAAUAUGCAGAUGAUUUUAUUCCCACUAAUGCCAAUGGUAUCGUUAACACCUCUGCAAGUAGUUUGGAAAUUCUUUCGAAUAGCGGAAAGAAUUUUAUAUUUAGUAUAGCAUGUCAAUCAAAUGAUCCAACACUUUGUGCAAAAGUCGUCCAAGCAUUUUCAGAUGCAGGAAGCAUCUUAUCCUCAGUUUUAUACUUGAAAUCGUCAAUUGUUGUCAAUGUUAGUGUUUAUGAUUUUUGUGCAGACGACCCGCUUUGCAAUGGAGACUAUGCAUAUGACCCAGGAUACGCCCAACCGACGUUAUUAUAUUUGUUAAAAGAUAAUGAUGGUGUAGAACGGCUCUAUCCCCAAUCUUUGGUCAAACAAUUCAACUAUUCUUCUAAUCCUGAAUAUAAUACUCCAGAUAUCUAUGGCGAAUUCAACCUUGGCCUUAGUUAUUGGUUCAAAGGUGAUCCACCGAUUGAAUAUAAUCAAUAUGACUUUUUAGGUUUGGUUCUCCAUGAAUUGUGUCAUGGUCUGGGUUUCCAAACUUCAUGGAGCACAUGGUCACUCGAUGAUUCUCCACAAUAUAUUACUCCUAUGUUGAUAACAGAAGAGGAUUAUGAAUAUUUAUGGGAAGAUCGUUAUGAUCCCAAUCAACAAGUUACUUGGAGAGGAUUUAGAGAAAAUAUAUUUGAUAAAUAUUUGGUAUUAACUGAUACAGGACAAUACAUUUCGAAUAUGACAGCGUCAUUGAAUCAAUUUUUUAGCGAAGGUGAUAUUAAGGGAAGCUAUUAUGAUUUUCAACAAAAGUUUACGUCAUCGCCUCAAUAUAAUAUUGCCACAGAGAUGAUGAAUAUAUCAACACGACCACUAACCCUUGGGUUAGUUAAUUGGAACUUAACUUCUCGCCAUAAUCCUAGUACACAGGGUCCAUUUAAUAUAAGUGAUUUGUUCGUGGUCGAUACAUCAUCAAAUGUGUUCGAUCCGUACAAUAGUAUAAAUCAUGUGGAUUAUACGAGAUAUACUAAUACUAGUGACUUCCUGAUGAGAUAUCAAUUACUUCCAGGAGAGACACUAAAGCAGGACAUUAUACUUGGAGGUAGAUUUCCCAAUGGACAACUUACUGGUGCUAUUGGACCAAGAUUAAGAAAAUUCUUUGAAACAAUGGGAUAUGGAACAUAUAGCAGACCAAAUCACACAUAUUCACCGAACUUAUUAUUAGCCCCUGUUGUUAGUUCAGGAAUUUCAUUGGCUCCUUCUUCAGUUUUAGUCUUUCAUCAUUCUACACUAUCAACGUUAACAUUAACUUAG